AUGGGUCAAUGCUAAUAGUCACAUAUGAAUGGAUAUGAUGAUAAGAACACUUUUGAUUCUCAAGAUAUGCCUAAGCCUUAGGAAAAGAAGUAUCAUAACUAUAAUCCACAGAGCAAGAAGUCUAAAAAUGACAUACCUACUUUUACUAACAUUAAUUAGGAAGACAAUUAUAAAUAAGCUGUUAAAUCUGAAAAUAAACUUGAAAAUAAAGACAGUGCUAGAGAAAGCGCAAAACAAAACUAUCAAUCUGCUGAUUAUCAAUACACAUUUAUCAAGCGUCCUGCUCCCAACUUCUCAGGGAUGGCAUAUUUCAACAAGGGAUUCAAGAAAAUAUCACUAAGAGAUUAUAAGGGUCAAUACGUAGUGCUAUUUUUCUUUCCAUAUGAUUUCUCUGAAUUAAGUAGAAAAGAGAUAUUAGCUUUCUCUUAAUUGAAUGACAAGUUUGUAAAAGCAGCCUGUCAAGUUAUUGGUUGCUCUUAAGAUAGCUAAUUCGCUCACAUGAAUUACUGUUAAAAGCCUUAAUCAGAGGGUGGCUUAGGAAACUUAGAAAUUCCUCUGUUAUCUGAUGUAGACAAGUAGAUUUCAACAAGUUAUGGAGUAGUUAUAGAAGAUGGGGAAGCAGGAGAGAAAGGUGCAGCAUUCAAGUCUACAUUUAUUAUUGACAGCAAUUAAAUUUUAAGACAUAUGAGUAUUAACGAUAUUUCUAUUAGUAUUAAUCCAGAAGAGAUUCUUAGACUUGUUCAUACUUUCUAAUAGCAUGAUAGAGAAAAUCCAUUAAAGUAGCAAAUGACAGGAGGUUGUCCAUUUAAUCACAAUGCUAAAGAAGAUAUUGAUACUUUCUCCAGGUACUAGAGAAAGAAAUCAGCCGACGAUCAAAGCAAUAAAAACGAAAGUGCCAAGUAAAGCAAUCAAAGCAAAAGGUCCCAUUCUAAUUAAAAUAAUGAUGGAAAAAAUGAAGAAAAAUAAAUACCUUUAAUAAUAAGACUUGGAGGUGAAGAAGUUGUCCAAGAUAUAGCAGAUAGAUUUGUCAAUGAAAUUUAUGGCGAUUAAGAUUUAAAAAAACUAUUUUUGAAUAAAACAAGCUAGAGUAAAUAAAAAAAAGUUAUCGGCCAAUUCCUUAAAACUUACUUUGGUAGUAGAUAAAUGUAUUAAGGAAGAAAUAUGUAAGAAGCACAUAAAGAUUUAGGAUUAAAUGAUGACCAUUUCAAUAAGGCCUCAGAAUUUUUCAAGAGGAUCCUAAAGGAGGAUUUAAAGGUAAAACCACAACUUGUAUAGGAGGUUAUGAUGCUGAUUGAACCAUUACGUUCAUAAAUUACUUAAAAACCAUCUGAAUCACUCUAUAACAGAGUAAAUAAAGAAGAAGGUAUCAGAAAGGCUGUUAAAUAUUAUUUUAACAAGAUACUUCAGAUUAAUGAAAUAAAACCUAUUUUUAGUAAAGUAGAUACUAAUUAGGUCUAGGAAUAAUAUGUCUAAUAUUUAUCAUUAGUAUUUGGUGGUCCAUCAAAAUAUAAAGGUAAAUAAAUGAGAGAAGCUCAUUCUCACGCACACAUUUCGGAGAAGGUGUUCACUUUUUGUUGCGCUUAAAUCCAAUAAGGGUUCAAAGAAAAUGGAGUUGAUACUCAUUCAAUAAAUGAAAUUGGAAGACUCUUAGAGUGUUUGAGAAGUGAAAUCCCCAAGAAAAACAAUACUUUAUAUGAUAGACUAGGAGGAAUUGUAGUUAUUGAAAAGGCUGUGAAAAAAUUGUAUGAAGAAAAAUUAAUGAAUAUCCAUCAAUUAAAAGAUUUCUUCAAUAAAGUUGACAUGAAAUAGUUAGGUUAAAAGAUGACAGAUUAUUAUAUUAUGAUUUGCGGAGGACCAAACAGAUAUAAAGGAAAAAGUGCAAAAGAAGCACAUAGUAGAUUUACUAUUAUGUCAAGCUAAUUCGAGAUAUAUAAGAACUUACUCAAAGAGUCUUUUACAGAAUGUGGUUCUACUAAAGAGAGUAUCAUAGAAUUCAUGAACUUAAUUGAUACUAUUAAAGUAGAUAUUGUAGGAGGUAAGCCACCUUCUUUGUUCGAAAGAAUUGGAGGUGAUGACUUCCUCACUUUAUUUACUGAAAAAUUCUUUGAUAAGAUUAUGGAAGAAAAAAGAAUUAGACAUUACUUCAUUAAUGUAGAGCUGGCUCAAGUUAAAAAACAUUUUAAGGAUUAUCUGAACAUGGCCAGUGGUGGUUCAACAAAAUAUUCAGGCCAAAAUGUAAGAGAUCAUCAUGAAUAAAUGGAUAUAAGCGAAAAAGAUUUCAAUGUUUUCAUGGAAGUAUUGAAAAAGACUUUAGAACAAAUGUAAUUAAAAUAAGAAUUAGGAGUAGAAUUUUUGAAUUUCUUUGAAAAUAUGCGUAACAUGAUAGUUUCUGAGUAUGAUUGA